AUGAGUUCUUCAAUAGCUGCGCAGUUACAGGCAAUCAAAUCGGUGUUACAAGUCGAUACAGAGCCUUCGAGGAGACCUUAUACACGCCCUUCGAUUCUCUUCAGUCCUAAAGAAGCAGCAGAUUUCGAUAUCGAAUCUAUAUACGAACUCGGGAUCAAAGGUCUCGAAGUGCUUGGGAACAAAGAUGAGAGGUUUAAGAAUUACUUGAGCGAUUUGUUUAGUCAUAAAAGUAGAGAAAUUGAUAGGGAAUUGCUGGGGAAGGAAGAAAAUGCUCGGAUUAAUGCAUCAAUCAGUUCUUAUCUUCGGUUACUAUCGGGCUAUCUUCAGUUUCAUGCUUCCUUGGAGACACUUGAGUAUUUGAUACGAAGAUACAAGAUUCAUAUAUACAAUGUAGAAGAUGUGGUUUUAUGUGCUUUGCCGUACCACGACACACAUGCAUUUGUCCGUAUUGUUCAGUUGCUUUCGACUGGCAAUAGCAAGUGGAAAUUUUUGGAUGGUGUGAAAAAUUCUGGUGCUCCGCCCCCUAGAUCGGUUAUUGUUCAGCAAUGUAUACGUGAUAUGCAGGUGUUGGAGACCAUAUGUGACUAUGCAUCUCGUAGUAAAAAAUAUCAGCCUUCAAAGCCCGUGGUUAGCUUCUCCACAGCAGUUGUUGUUGAGCUUCUAGGUUCGGUUACAACUGUUGAUGGAGAUAUUGUAAAGCAUAUUUUGCCUUUUGUGGACGCUGGUCUUCAAUCUGGCGUGAAAGUAUGUUUAGAUCAGCAGGCUGGUGCGUUAAUGAUUGUUGGCAUGUUGGCGAACAGAGCCUCUCUGAAUAAUAAUCUUAUCAAACGUUUCAUGAGGUCCAUCAUUGACGUUGCCCGUGAACACGACAAAGAAUCCUCUGAUCCUCAUUGGCUUCGAUUGACAUUUAUGGCACUGAUUAAUUUUGUUCAGCUGCAAUCCGUGGACUUGAUCCCAAAGAAAGCUUUGGAUGUUUUAAAGGAAAUAAGGGAUAUUUCUGGUGUGCUUUUGGGCUUGUCCAAAGAAUUCAAUAUCAAGAGAUUCCUAGCAGUGCUACUGGAUUCUUUUCUUCUUUACAGUUCGUCCGAUGAUCAAUGCCGUGAAGCUCUAACUUCGAUAAUUGAUACUAUUCCAGCAAACAAUUUGGUUGAUCAUUUGAUCUCCAAGGUUUUCUCUUUGUGCAUGACACAAUACCAGAAGAGUAGUGAUUUUACAUCUGGGAGCUGGGCCAAGAAGAUUCUUGUUGUUGUAAGCAAGAAGUAUCCAACUGAAAUCCGUGCAGCGGUUCAAAUAUUUAUGGAGGAUACUAAUGUUCAGUCAAAGAAAGAGGAUUUAAAGCUAGAGUUGUUGGCUCGCAUGCUGGAUGGGAAUUCAGGCAUAUCCCAGCCGUUCUUGGAUUCAAAAUUGUGGUUCCGCCUCCACCAUCCACGGGCUGCUGUACGUUGUGCUGCGCUUUCUAGUCUAAAUGGUGUUCUCAAGGCUGAUAGCUCCACCCAGAACCUUGUCACAAUUCAGGAUGUUAUACUGCGCCAGCUUUGGGAUGAUGAUCUGGCUGUUGUUCAGGCUGCCUUGUCUCUUGAUCAAUUGCCGAAUAUAGUAACCUCUUCUAGUCUUCUAGAUGCUUUGCUUCAUGUGGUUAAACGGUGUGUUGGCAUUAUCCUAUCAGGAGUAUCACAUAAGGUUCAACUUGCAGUUGAUGUUGUUGCAUUGUCUCUCAAAAUUGCUGUCUCAAGCUUCUGUAAUCAAGCAGACUCUAUAGAGAAAGUUACCUCUGCGAUGUUCCCAUUUCUCUUAAUUCAGCCGAAGACUUGGAACUUGAAUCUACAAGUGCUGAAACUGGGGAAGGAUGUUAACUGGCCACUUUUCAAGAAUCUUGUUGCUGAUGAUGGAAUGAAAAAACUCCCAGAUAUCAUGUCUGGAAACAUAUCCUCGAUAAGCAUGGAUAUUAUCAAUAAUUUGGGUGAGGCACUUUCCUUGGAACCUGAUGAGCGUAGGAUUGAGCUUAUUGAGAGUUCUUGCAACUUCAAGCUAUCUGAAGUUUUGGAAUCCUGCAGCAAUAUCAAUUUGACAGAACAGGAGCGUAACAAUUUGCAGAAGGGACUGUUGAUCCGUGAAAGUGUGUCUGCGUUGAACAUGGAUAUCAUUAACAAGUUGGUGGACACGUUUAUGAGGCACCCUGGUGACUUUAUUCAGUGGCUUACUGCUAGUUGCCAAGAUGCACCCUUGUCCAAGAUACUAUUUUUUAUGUUGUUGAUGCAGUCACUGCACAAGUUGAAUUCUUCAUCUGACCCUAGCCAAUUUUUGGAUCUUUUCGAACUUUGCUUUCCUGCUUUGAAGACCGAGUGGGAAGAGCUUGAGGUUGCGGUUGAAGUUUCUUUGAAAGAGCUGUCGAAAAGCAACUGCCAAGAACUCUUAUAUCAACUUUUUGAUACCUCUGAUUUUACUGGACUGAAUUCAAAGCUUCUGAUCUGCUUGUUUUGGAAGUUGGCCGAGUCAUUUAUGAAACUUGAACCUACCCAUGUCUCUUCGGUUUUUAGCAGAAGGUUGUGUAGCGGAAUUGAGGUCUUGUUUUUCUUUUUUGCAACAACUCGAUCACGGCAUGUCUUCCAGGAACACCUUCACUAUCGUGUGAGAGAAGCCCAAGUCUGUCCCGUUUUGUUUCUAUCCCAACUUAUAUCACGAGAAGAUGUUCCUCCUAUGGUCCAAAUUGAAAGUCUCAAAUGCUUUUUGUAUCUUUGCUCCAACGGGAAUAAUGAAUGGGCGAUUCAAAUUUUAUCUAGCUUUCCUGUACUUUUGGUUCCCCUGUCGAGUGAUAAUCAAGCUCUUAAAGUAGCGGCCAUGAAUUGCAUUGAGGCCCUUGUCAACCUACGGUGCCGUGUUGAUUCUAGCAAAAAAAAUGGGAGUGCUGCAAUCUGUAGUAGUUCUUUUGAUGAACUUUUGGGAAUGAUCGUUCAACAAAGGAGGUUUAUAUUGUCGGACAAUAAGUUUCUUCCAUCCUACUUGACAUCGUUGCUCAGCUCAACCCCUAAUGACAUUCUAGUGCCAGUCGACCUGCAAAAAAGGUUUGAUACACCAACAAAAGAAAGCAUUCUUUCGUUCAUAUUAUUGUGUGCCCAAGAACUGCCUGCUUAUGGGAAGCUAAGAGUCUUGUCACUGCUAAAAGGUAUGGGCAUCAUGCUUCUGCAUGAUGAAAAUGUUAAGUUAUUGUCUCAACUUCUGGAUAGACGUAGUCAAUACUACUUUAAACUGGACAAGACUUCCCAGCCAUUAUCAGACACUGAGAUCAAUUUAUUGUGCGUUCUUCUGGAGUGCUCCAUGAUGCGUUCAGCGUUUAAAGGGCAGUCUCUUGAUGAUCAUCUACUAAAUGCAUUGAAAAUGGAUUGUAUGGCACUAGAACAUUCUGCUAUUAUCUCUCCAUGUCUUACUAUUUUGGAGAAGCUAAGCAAUCAAUUUUAUGCUGAACUGAAGACUGAGGUUCAGAUUCGUUUUUUCCACAAGCUGGUGUCUAUGUUUCGAAGUGCAAAUGGCAGAAUACAGUGUGCUGCCAAAGAAGCUGUCUUACGCCUGAAGAUUUCUUGCUCAACGGUUGUCCAUGCCCUUGAUCGUAUCACUCAACAGGAUAAUCUUGUUAUGGAUUCUCUGAGCAAGAAGAAGAAACAGAAGAAAAAUUCAAAGUCAUGUUCCGAAGAAGACGUAAAUAGUGGGGAACUUCUUAGAGGAGAAAAGGCUCUCUUUUUUAUUACCUCAUUACUUGACAUGCUGCUUCUAAAGAAAGAUCUAGCUCACAGGGAGUCGCUUGUAGGGCCUUUGUUUAAGCUCCUAGGAAGGUCUAUGUCUAAUGAAUGGGCAACAAUUGCUUCGUCCGUUGAGGAAACCCCAGUCCAACCUCCUCAGGAUGUUCGGGAAACAACUCAGACCUCUAUUUCUUCCAUCCAACAGACAGUGCUAUUGAUCCUGAAAGAUAUCUUUGAUUCACCGAAUAUAAAUCCUUUGAAGGCUGACAUAGCCAAUGAAAUCAAUAUCAAAUUGCUGGUUGAGUUUGCUCAAUCAUCAAAUGAUGGAGUCACACGGAACUACAUCUUCUCCCUCUUCACUUCAAUUGUUAAAAUUGUCCCAGAUAGAGUUUUGGACCAUAUUAUCAGCAUACUCACACUUGUUGGUGAAUCAACAGUGACACAGUUUGAUAGCCACUCGAAGUCUAUCUUUGAGGGAUUUAUAUCAGCUGUCAUCCCAUUUUGGCUAUCUAAGACUAAAAGCGAGGAGCAGUUGCUGCRGAUUUUUGUCAAAGUGUUACCUGACAUUGUUGGGCAUAGAAGGCGUUCAAUUGUAGCUUACCUGCUGGAAGUUAUCGGUGAACAAAAUGGAUUGCCUACUUUGCUUGUCCUCUUAUUCCAGUCCUUGAUUUCAAGGAAAGACACAGCUUGGCUUGGUAAUGCCCAGACUUCUGAAAGUUUUACCUCCGUUGUCAAGAGAGAGUGGGAGUAUGCUUUUGCCGUGGAAAUAUGCGAACAAUAUUCUUCUUCGACAUGGCUCUCAUCCCUAGUUAUGCUUCUUCAAAGUACCAGCAAAGACAGUUCUAGUAAUCAAUGUUUCUUGCAGAUGCGGCUUGUCUUAGAAUUUAUAUUCCAGAAGUUGCAAGACCCAGGAUUUGCAUAUGCAGUGUCACUUGAACCAAAAAAUAAUCUUUCAGAUGGCAUUCAGCAAGAACUACAGGAGCUUAUGAAGGGUUGUAUACAUCUCCUGCAAGCUGUUGAUGGUGCAAAGGAGAAAGAUGUGACUUCUGCAGUUAGAAAGGAAAUCAGAAUGCGUAUACAUGAUGUCUUGAUGACUGUCACGGGAGCGAUGGAUCUAUCUAUAUAUUUCAGAGUUGUUACUAGCUUGCUGAAGCAGCAGUCGGAUCGUAAUGGGACCAAAAAGGUACUUGGGCUUAUAAGUGAGAGAGCCAAGGACACCUUUUCUACUAAACUAAAACAAAAACAGAAGAGGAGGCUCCCCAAUCAGAAAAGAGGAAAUCCUUGGUUGAACUUGGAUGAGGUUGCUAUUGAAUCUUUCGGGAAGAUGUGUGACGAAAUUGUCCAUCUAAUUGAUGGAACAGAUGACGAGUCAAGUGUUCCAGCUAAACGAGCUGCCAUUUCUACACUGGAAGUUUUGGCUGGCAGGUUUCCGUCAGGUCAUCCAAUCUUCAGCAAAUGUCUUGCAUCUGUUGCAGAAGGCAUCAGCUCAAAGAACUUGGGAGUUUCUUCAAGCUGUCUUCGUACAACCGGUGCCCUGAUCAAUGUUCUUGGACCAAAGGCACUCGUUGAACUUCCAAGCAUAAUGAAAAAUUUGGUAAAACAAUCACACGAAGUAUCAUCUGCAUCCAAGAGUGGUGGUAAAGCAACAGCCGAAGAACAGUUGCUCAUGCUGUCUAUUCUGGUCACUUUGGAAGCAGUGAUCGAUAAACUUGGAGGUUUCUUAAAUCCUCAUCUUGGAGAUAUUCUUAAACUCAUGGUCCUGCAUCCUGAAUAUGUUUCUGACUUCGACAAGAAUCUCAAGUCCAAAGCAAAUGCCAUUAGGAGGCUCUUAACUGACAAAAUUCCGGUUCGUCUUACUCUGCAACCUCUUCUACGAAUAUAUGAAGAGGCUGUUAGUUCUGGGAACGCAAGCUUGGUGAUUGCUUUUGAGAUGUUAGAAAAUCUGGUUGUUAACAUGGAUAGAUCAUCUAUUGUUACCAACCAUGGGAAGAUUUUUGACCAAUGCUUAGUUGCGCUUGAUAUUCGACGGCAAAAUCCAGCAGCAAUUCAGGACAUUGAUGAUGCUGAGAGGAGUGUAACUAAUGCAAUGGUUGCUCUCACAAAAAAACUAACUGAGUCUGAGUUCAGACCUCUCUUUGUCAGAAGUAUUGAUUGGGCAGAGUCGGAUAUUGUAGACAUAUCUGGGAGCGAAAACAAGAGUAUUGACCGAGCUAUAUCAUUCUAUGGUCUGGUGAAUAAACUUUGUGACUCCCACAGGUCUAUCUUUGUACCGUAUUUCAAAUUCAUGCUUGAUGGUAUUGUAUCGCAUCUCACCAAUUCAGAGGCUUCAGCUACAACCAGGAAGAAAAAGAGAGCCAAAAUUCAGGAAACAGAUGACUCUUUACCACCAAAAAGCUGGCAUCUUAGGGCUUUGGUGCUUUCUUCCUUGAAGAACUGCUUUCUGCAUGAUACUGGAAGCUUCAAGUUUCUCGAUACGAAUAACUUCCAGGUGCUACUGAAGCCUAUUGUAUCACAGCUUGUAGUUGAACCGCCUUCUUCUUUGAAGGAGCAUCCACAUGUACCAUCAGUAGUAGAGGUUGAUGACUUGUUGGUUUCAUGCAUCGGUCAAAUGGCAGUAGCAUCUGGCUCUGACCUCCUCUGGAAACCACUGAACCAUGAGGUGCUGAUGCAAACAAGGAGUGAGAAACUGCGUUCGAGGAUAUUGGGUUUGAGAAGCGUGAAACAGAUGCUUGAUAAUCUGAAAGAAGAGUAUCUUGUGUUGCUCGCCGAAACCAUUCCAUUCUUGGGUGAACUACUCGAAGACGUUGAGCUAUCUGUUAAAUCUUUGGCUCAAGAUAUCAUCAAACAGAUGGAAGAUAUGAGCGGUGAGAGUCUGACGCAACACCUCUGA